AUGCAUAGCUACACGUACGUCAUUGCCGUGGACUUUGAGGCCACCUGCUGGGAGAAGCAGCCGCCGCCACAAUGGCGCGACGCGGAGAUAAUUGAGUUUCCGGCCAUUUUGGUGAAUCUGAGAACGGGCAAGGUGGAGUCGCAGUUCCACAAGUACGUGAAGCCCGUGGAGCUGCCGCAGCUGAGCAAGUACUGCACCAAUCUGACGGGCAUACAGCAGAAGACGGUGGAUGCCGGCGUGCCCGUGCAGACGGCGCUCGAUUUGUUCAUCGAGUGGCUGAAGCGGGAGCUGAAGGAACGCGACCUCACGCUGCCCAAGAUGAGUGAGGCGGAGCCGCUGGGCAACUGUCUGCUGUCCAGCUGGACGGACUGGGACUUUGGCAUCUGUCUGGCCAAGGAGUGUGUGCGCAAGGAUAUGCGCAAGCCCGGCUGCUUCGAUCAGUGGAUGGACGCGAGGGCCAUUUUCCGGCAGUUCUACAAUUAUCGUCCCUACAACUUCAGCAAUGCGCUGGCCUACCUGAAGCUGAACUUCCAGGGACGUGCUCACUCCGGCAUCGAUGAUGCCAAGAAUCUGGCCACACUGCUGUGCAAGAUGUACAGGACGGAGCUCCGUUGGCGGUCACCAAGGACUUGA